AAAAAGCCUUGGCGUGAUAAUUGAUAAACACAUGCAUAUGACAUAUUGUAAAACAUGUAUAAUUACGUUUAUUCAACUCUAGUGUAAUGCGAUUUUAACUUGCGGGGAAAUAAUUUAAUUAUACUAUAAAAUUAACUACUGUUGUGCAGCAUUUAAAAAGAAUAUUAUUUCAAUUUAUACAAAUUUGUAUGUAAGCACUUAGUAAAUCAAAACAAUAUUUGUCAUGUUUACUUUUACGUCAUGUUUGUAAAGACCUUCGUCUCACAAAUAUGUAAAAGUGGCAGUAUAAAUAUUUUAUUAAAGCUUCUACUAUUUUUAUUAAGUUUUAUUCCAGGUGUAUGUGCGAUGACUACUACAAAGCGAACUCAGCCAAUCUGGUCACAGGGCAACAUUUCUGAUGUACCUCGUUUGAAGUUGUUCAACAGUUUGACAAGGAAGAAAGAAAUAUUUGUUCCAAAAAACGGUAACAAAGUAAAUUGGUAUAGCUGUGGACCUACUGUGUAUGAUGCUUCACAUAUGGGCCACGCUCGGUAAAUAUAAAUAAAAUGUAUUCAUUUUUUCAAGGUGUGUAUGAUUAUGAACUUUUCAGGAGUUACAUUACAUUUGAUAUAUUGCGUCGAGUAUUAAUGGAUUAUUUUCAUUAUGAUGUUGAAUAUGUGAUGAAUAUCACAGAUAUUGAUGACAAAAUAAUCAAACGAGCCCGACAAAUAUAUUUGUUUGAGGAGUACCUAAAGAUUGUCACUGAUAAAAAAAUGGUACAAAAAGAUAUUAUUUUAGCUCUAAACGAUUUAAAAAAAGAUAUUGAACAAAUGGAUGCUGACAAAAAGACAAUGACUUUAAAGGCUAUAGACAAAUUAUCCUCAGUUUCUAAAUUAAUCGAGAGUACAUCAUUAGAAAGUCUAAAUGUAUGUAUGUAUGAAAUUAAUAUUAUAUACCUUAAGAAUAAAGUCAAGUUUAAUUUCAGUUAAUCUUAGAUGACAUCAAAGAUCCUUUUGGUGCUUAUUUAGACAAAGUCAAUAGUGCAGAUAUUACUGACAAUAGUAUAUUUGUAGCGUUACCGAGAUUUUGGGAAACCGAUUUCCAUUCGAAUAUGACCUCUUUAAAUGUUGAGUAUAAAGUUAUUUAAUGUUACAAAGCAUAGUUUUAACCAAUAUUUUUACUUCUUUUUUUUUCAAUUUACAGAUUUUACCACCUGAUAAACUUUCUAGGGUGAGUGAAUAUAUUCCCGAAAUCAUUGAUUACAUAACAUCAAUAAUCAAAAAUGGUUAUGCUUACGAAUCUAAUGGAUCAGUGUAUUUUGAUGUUGCUGAAUUUGAUUCUAAACCUAUUCAUCAUUAUGCCAAAUUAGUUCCAGAAGCAUAUGGGGAUUCAAAAUCACUUUUAGAUGGGGAAGGUACCUAAUUACUUAAUAUUAAUUUUUUAUGCUUAUAAAUAUCUAAGAAAAUACUGGUGUUGGUACUAGUUUAAUACAGUCUAAUAAUAAUAUUAUGAUACUUACUAUCUUAUACCUACAAAAUGUAUAUAAUAGCAUUGCAGUAUUUCAGAAAGUAUUAAAAAUUUUCAAGACAUUCUUUUUUUUUAAAUAUGAGAAAAAAGCAGCUUUAUAAUAUUUUAUUACCAUUUUUUUGCCCUUAUUUUUAAAAGUGAAACAAUUAAUGAUAGGUUAAAUAAGUAGAUUAUUUGAACAUUUGUUCAUCUCUAAUAAAAAUAUAAUAUCUGUAUAGAUGGUAUACUAACUAACAGUAUAAUUAUAUAUAUAUUAAUAAGUUUAAUUUCUAAAACUUAAGGUGAUUUAUCAGUAAGUGCAGUUAAUGAAAAACAUUCACCUAAUGAUUUUGCCCUUUGGAAACGGUCUAAAAAUGGUGAGCCAUGGUGGGAAUCACCCUGGGGAAAAGGAAGACCGGGAUGGCAUAUUGAAUGUUCUGUUAUGGCUUCUUCUAUAUUAGGUCAAACAUUAGAUAUUCAUACUGGUGGCAUUGAUCUGAAAUUCCCACAUCAUGACAAUGAAAUUGCCCAAGCCGAAGUAAUUGAUAUUUUAUUGCAUUUUGAAUAAUUCUGUUUUUUUGCUAACAUAGAUAUUAUUUAUUUUAAUAGGCUUAUUACAACAACAAAGAAUGGGUUAGAUUCUUCCUGCAUUCUGGUCACUUAACUAUUUCAGGAUGUAAAAUGUCAAAGUCUCUGAAAAACUUUAUUACUAUUGAUGAUGCUCUUAAAAACAAUACAUCAAGACAACUAAGACUUGCAUUUUUACUGCAUUCAUGGAAGGAUACUCUAGAUUAUAGUGAAAGCACAAUGGAAUCAGCGAUGUCUUGUGAAAAAGUUCUCAAUGUUAGUCUAUUAUAAUGAUAAGUUUAAAAAUAAAAUGUAAAAAUGUACUAUUGUACAUAAUGUUUGUUUAAUACAAAUUAAUUAUUUAGGAAUUUUUUUUGAAUGUCAAAAGUUUAUUAAGAAGAAGAAAUGAUGUUAAAUUAGCUGUUAGUUAUUCAAAGUGGUUACCUUCUGAAAAAGAAUUAGAUAAGAAGUUCAAUUUAUGCAAAUCAAAUGUUCAUGCAGCAUUAUGUGGUAAACUUCUAAAAAUUUGAGGACAAGUCUACUUAACCCGGUUGCCCUUUUUUUUUUUUUUUUUUUUUGGAAAAAGGCCAAUUCUGUAUUAGUUGAAUUGUUUUUUUGAAAAAAUCAUUAUUAAAAUUAGUAUAGAUAAAUACUACAAAAAUAAUACUUUUUAUGCUAUAGUGCUAUCAGACAUUUUCAGAAACUAUUAUUUUAGAAGUUAUAGCGGUUUGAAGUUUGUUUGUAUGCGGAAAAAACAAUUGUAGGGAACUCGAGUGCUGCUGCACAACCCUCAUUGAACACCUUUACUUACAGGAGACAGUCUUGGGCAGUUGAGCAUGGCCAACUCGACGUGGGAUCAAGUGAACGGAAAUUAUUAAAUGAAAAAGAGAUUAGAUCAUAUUUUUACUAUUUGCUUAAGCAACAAUAAAAUAUUGUAAAUUACUAUUAUAUUACAUGCUGUCUUGUUCGAUCUACCAUUUUAAAAAUUAUAAGAACAUUUAAUUAUAUCAUUAUUUAUUUUGUCAUUGUUUAUGUGCAAACCAGUCAGCUGAUGACAGAUUAAGCAAUAAUGAAUUAUUACAACAAGACAAAAAUAUUGACAAAACCAAUGAUAAUGAAAAUAAUAAUAAUAAUAGAAAUGAUAUGGAUCAUUAACUAUUAACGCCCAGUUGGCUAUGCUGAAUUGGCUGUACCUAGUUGGCAGUGCCUAUUUGUCCCAUUCUGUACGAGAGAAGGUUGCUAGCAGAUCUAACAUACAUUUCCAAACUGAUACUAUAACAAGAAGGAUAGUGUUUUAAAUGUAAACCUAAACCUAACUAUGUGAGACCAGACCUUCAGCAAACUCCAUUCGCAGGCUCGUGUUGGACUUGUAAAAACAACCAACUUCAAAUAGCUAUAAUUUCUUUAAUCUUUAACAAUGAUUUCCAUAAACAAAUUUAAAUAUAUUCAGAAUCAGUGUCAAAAAACAUGCCUUUUCAAAAAAAAAAAAAAAAAAUAGCUUCAGUAAAGUAGACUUAUAUAAUUAACUUGGUAAUUUGUAUAAAUAAACAUUUUGUUUAGAUAAUGUUGAUACUAAGGCAGCAUUAGAAGCAAUAAAAGAAUGUAUAUUUGCCUGUAACAUAUAUUUAAGAGACUGCAGUUCUGCUGAUGUAAAUCAUUAUUUAUUGCUAAACAUUGCUAAAUAUAUUACUGGAAUAUUAAAAAUAUUUGGUAUUCAAACUGCUAAUGAAAUUGGUUUCCCAGUAUCUGAACAGAGUUCUUCUAAUGAUGUAAUAUAUUUAUAAAUUGUUAAUAAACUAUUAAUACAAUUAAAUAUAAUAUAUUUAACAAAAAUGUAUGUAAACAAAAUUUUUUUUAGGUUGAGACCAUUAUUACCCCAUAUCUGAACAUUUUAUCAGAUUUUCGUGAUUCAGUACGUUCUAUUGCUCGCACAAAUGGUUCUAAAGAUAUAUUAAUCUUGUGUGAUUAUCUCCGGGAUGAAAUCUUACCUGAAAAUGGUGUACGACUAGAAGAUGCUGAUGGGAAGCCUACUGCAAUCAAAUUUGUAGGAAGAGAAGCAAUUUUACGUGAGAAAAGGGCAAAAGCAAAAACUGAAGCAGAUAAACUUGCUGAAAAGGAAAAAAAGAAAAUGGAACUGGAACAGGCACGUGCCAAAAAGGAAGAACUUAAAAAAAUACAUCCUAAAGAUUUGUUUAAAUUAGAAACCGAAAAAUACUUAGAAUUUGAUGAAAAUGUAAAUUACAUUUAAUAUUCUACUUUAGUUUAACAAAUUUUAUAUUUAAACUAUUUUUUUUAUAUAGGGAUUACCAACAGUUGAUAUUCAAGGUAACAAAAUAAGUAAAGGAUUGACCAAGAAGUUACAAAAAAUUCAAUUGACUCAUGCUACACAGUAUAAUGAAUAUUUAAAAAGUAUAGACAAAAUUUAAUUUAUUUAAUAUAAAAAUAAAAGUUUAAAUUUUAUAUUGUGUUACAUUUAUAUUAAAAUUAAAAUGUAAUGAUCCACAUUUCAUCUAUUUAUUCAAAUUUUAAAUGUCUCGUGUCUUAAAGGUUAAAAAUCAUUUCUUUGUUUAUUCGUUUCUAUACUUUUUGGACACAUAUAUAGACAAUUAUUAAAUUAAGUAUUAUUUUACAUUAAUGGUGACAGUAUUAUAACUGAAACACAAAGUAUGUACUAAUUUUAUAAUUAAUGUAUUAAUAUUUUUUUUAUAAAUAAUAAUUUAUUAAAUUAAAAAAAAAUAUGUAAAAAAAUAAAAAUAAUUCUUCUGAGCC